CCGGUCCAUACCCUCAUCGCCAGAGAGAUAUGUGCCCUGCCGCCCCCGCCCACUCCGAGCGCGUGGCGAUCCUGGACGCCGGCGCGCAGUACGGCAAGGUGAUCGACCGCCGCCUCCGCGAGCUCAAGGUCGAGUGCGAGCUGCUGCCCCUCCACACAUCCGCCGAGGACCUGCGCCGGGACGGCUACGCCGCGCUCGUCGUCUCUGGCGGCGGCGCGUCCGUGUACGCGGACGACGCGCCCAAGUACGACCCCAAGAUCUUCGAGAUGGGGCUCCCGAUCCUCGGCGUCUGCUACGGCAUGCAGCUGAUGAACUACAGCUGCGGCGGCACCGUCGAGCGCGGCGCCAAGCGCGAAGAUGGCGUCUUUGACGUGCAGGUCGAGGAGGGGUCGACGCUGUUCGAGGGGCUCGGCUCGUCGACCAAGGUGCUGCUCACGCACGGCGACUCGGUCGACAAGCCCGCCGACGGCUUCCGCAUCGUCGGCCGCUCGGGCCAGAUCGUCGCUGCGAUCGAGUGCGCCGAGCGGCGGCUGUACGGCGUCCAGUUCCACCCCGAGGUGGACCUGUCGGUCGACGGCAACGCCAUCCUCUCGAACUUCCUCUUCAAGGUUGCCAAGCUGUCCGGCUCCUACACGAUGGAGUCGCGGCAGGAGGCGGCGAUCGAGGAGAUCCGCGCCACCGUGGGCGACAAGAAGGUGCUCGUCCUCGUCUCCGGCGGCGUCGACUCCUCCGUCUGUGCUGCUCUCCUGCACAAGGCCAUCGGGCCGGAGCGGCUGAUUGCGCUGCACAUUGACCACGGCUUCAUGCGUCACGAGGAGUCGUCGGGCGUCGUGAAGGCGCUCGCUGCGCUGGGCGUGCCGAUCGACGCGCUCGACGCGACCAAGGACUUUGCAGAGGCGGUCACCGAGGUCAACGGCAAGACCUCGCUCCCGCUCGCCACCGAGUGCGCGCCGGAGCUCAAGCGCAAGAUCAUCGGCGACACGUUCAUGCGGGUCACCCAGGCGAUGGUCGAGAAGAAGGGGCUCAAGGCGGAGGAUGUGUACCUCGCGCAGGGCACGCUGCGGCCCGACCUGAUCGAGUCGGCCUCCACCCUCGUUUCCUCCAACGCGAACGUCAUCAAGACGCACCACAACGACACGCAGCUCGGGCGCAUCAUCGAGCCGCUCAAGGACUACCACAAGGACGAGGUGCGCGAGCUCGGGAUCGAGCUCGGGCUGCCGGCGCCGCUCGUCUGGAGGCAGCCCUUCCCCGGGCCCGGCCUCGCCAUCCGCACGCUCUGCGCGACCGAGCCGUACCUCACCGAGGAGUACGACCGCUCCUCGGCCGCCCUCGCUGCCGAGUGUGCCCGCCACCCCGAGCUGCGCCUCACUUCGGCGCUGCUGCCCGUCCGCACGGGCGACGGCCGCUCGUACUCGUACCUUGCCGCGCUCUCUUCCGACGCUCCGCCCGACGAGCAGUGGGAGGCGCUCUUCACGCUGGCGCAAGAGAUCCCGUGCCAUCUGCACGACGUGAACCGGAUCGUCUACGUGCUGGGCGAGAAGAUCGCCGCGGCGCCAAAGGCCAUCACGCCGACGACCCUCACGCGCGACGCGCUCGACCAGCUCCGCGCGGCGGACCACAUCGUCACGCAGACGCUGACCAAGUACAACCUGCUCCGCUCGCUCGCCCAGGUGCCGGUGGUGCUCUUCCCGGUCGGCUUCGGCGUGGAGGGAGCGCGCUCGAUCGGCAUCCGCGCCUUCAUCACCCGCGACUUCAUGACGGGCAAGCCCGCGCUGCCCGGCCGCGACCUCCCUCUCGAGAUGCUCGUCGAGCUGCAGCGGCGCAUCCUGGCCGAGGUGCCGGGCAUCGCGCGCAUCGCGCUCGACAUCACCUCCAAGCCGCCCGCCACGACCGAGUGGGAGUGA